AUAUAUGUGCGUGAUAUAAUAAUUGAUUAGUGAAAGUAUUUUGUUUUUUCACGCGAGAAGAUCAUAUUUAAUUGAGGUAAUAAAUACAUGAAUCAGGAGUAGAUCAGUGAAGAAUCAGGUUUGUGCAUUGAACGCACGCAGUAUAUAUUACUACCACGCUAAUACCCUUCAUUGCUCAUUCACGCACAUCCAAAAUACUAAAAUAAAUUUCUCAACUCCUUCCUUCAGCUUCCAUAACUGAAAACGCCAAUACAUUUCAUUGCACAAAACAAAACAUAUUUUGUUAUUAGUUUCAUAGUUAAGACAGGAUCACGAAACGAAGAGAGAAGCACCAUGUUACCGAACAAGCGCAUAAACCAAGAACGACGAAGCGCCAUAUGUUUCGUAUGCUGUCUCGCUACCUUUGUCAUCUUAUGCGCACUUCUUCUGGUUUUUGCAAUCUUAGUUCGCCCCAGGAGCCCACAUGUGAGAUUAACCUCAGCCAAAUCGAACCAAAACAGUUACAACACCACCGUCACCUUCUUUCUCACCAUCGAGAACCCAAACUACGGUUCCUUCAGUUACGAGAAUACCAACAUGAUCGUGCUCCACGCCGGUGGAAAGAUCGGCCAGAGGAAAAUCGCCGGUGGCAUUGUGGGUUACGGAGACACCAAACAAGUUAACGCUACCGUCAAUGUGAGGUCCGUUACGGCGAGUCUAUUUAGUGGCAUUAAUUCGGGGUCGUUGAAUAUCACGAGUUAUGGGAAAUUUAGUGGCACUGUUCAUCUUCUGAAGAUUAUGAACGUCAGAAAGACCGUGGAAAUGACUUGUGAUAUGAAGCUCGACUUGGCGUCCUCCGUAAUUCAGGGUAUUCAAUGCCAUUAACUACUUUUCUUCACAAAACUCUUCUGCUUCUCUGUUCUUUUCAACCUUUUUAUUUCUCUUUACGUUCAUAAAUUUUGCUACUUGUUUGGUAACAUAUAUAGUUUUUGUUCUCCGAA